AUUAUCUUUGCGCCACACCGAAUCUUACUAGAGUCUUUGAAUGCAACUGUAUCCUUCAGCUGUCUGUGAACCGAGCAGCUGUUACACGUUAGUGUGCCAGUACGCAUAUUGAACGACGCGUACUAUUAUUUUGAGAGGUUUUGCCAGAAUGGCUCGCGGGCAUCAAAAGCUUCAGUCUCAGCAGAAAAAUGCUAAGAAACAGGCAGAGAUGAAAAAGGCCAAGGGUCAUGAUCAAAAGACGGCAGCCAAGGCAGCGCUAGUGUUCACCUGCGCUGUGUGCAGGUCCCAGAUGCCUGACCCAAAAACCUUCAAGCAACACUUCGAGAGCAAGCACCCGAAAUCCCCUAUGCCCCCUGAGUUAGAGGGAGUGGAGGCAUAAACAGUCACCCUGGAUAGCAAACCGGUUUCCUUCAAGGCCCUGCACCAACUCUGCACUUGUCUCAGUCUGACAGCAAAUGGAUGAUUUAAUGUAAUUAACAUGAAGCGGUUAACUUUGUUUAUGCUAAACAGGCCAGGUUGCCUUUAACACAAUGCUUCCUCUCAUCCAGUCAUCUUAUUUGCUUGUUUAAAUACAUGCAGAACUAAACUUAAAUACCUGUUUAAUCUGGGCCACUGAAGAUCUGUACGAUUCAGGAACAAUUCAAGUGGCAAAUGGGAUUUUCUCUUUUCAUUCACACAGUUCCUCAGAGCAGAAUGCCUCAUUUCCCCGACGUGUUGUGCACAUUGGAGAAUGUCUUGCUGCUAACUCGUACCUCAUUAUCUGAACCGUUCAAUAAACCUUUCUAGCAAAUAUGAUACACACCUCUGUAAAACAAAGCUUUGAUUUUGCUUAGAAAAUUCUGAUUUUAUAUUUUCUGCAAACAAGAUAAUUCCAUCAAAAUGUACUUUGAGUAUAUGAUCAAAAAGGUGGCUUUUUCAUUAGUUAAAUAUGGAAUUAUUCCAGUGUUGUCUGCCAUAUGAUACUGUAAUCUUUCAUCUGACUAAUCAUUUUAUGUUGGGUCAAAAAAUUUGAAAUGUUUCUCCAUUUCCAAGUUUCUACAUGAGUUGUAAGUAAAUCCAUUUUAACAGGUGUGUCAGUAACAUGUGUCCUCUUGGAAAAUGAAUGCUUCAAUGAUGUAUUAUAGCAUUUUAUUAAAUUUUACUUUGUUGUA